UAGCGCUCUUGAAGAACAAGAUCGAGAUCAAGAUCGAGAUCUUUCUCUCGGGAUCAAUGCAUCCCAACGCGGUCUCUCUCAGGAGACCCAUCUCCGCGCGGCUCGGCAACCAUCCCCUUCUUCUCCACUCGUUGCUCCGCCGAGAAGGUUCUCGAUCCCUGGCUUUUCCCAGAUCGGGCUUCUUACUUAUCGAUGAGUUUUAUCAGUUAAUGGUGGUGAGAUUGUUCUUCGGAGAUGUGUUUCUGUGAAGGCAUCUGAUUCUUUGGAGUCUGGAUAUGGUGUUGAGGAUGCAUUUGUGCCGGAUCAGGAGGUGAAGCCGAGGGGUUUUGAUUUGUUGAUGAUUUUGAAAGGAGCGAACUCUGUACUGCCUUUUGUGGUGGCUUUGAGUACUGUUUUGGCUCUUGUUUACCCUCCUUCAUUUACAUGGUUCACUACCAGAUACUAUGCACCGGCACUUGGUUUUCUGAUGUUCGCAGUUGGGGUUAAUUCUAGUCCAAAGGAUUUUAUUGAAGCAAUCAAGAGGCCUGGAGCUAUUGCUGUUGGAUAUGUUGGGCAGUAUGUCAUAAAACCACUGUUUGGGUAUUUAUUUGGUACCAUUUUGGUUUCAGUUUUCCAUUUUCCUACUUCAUUAGGAGCGGGGAUCAUGCUAGUAUCAUGUGUUAGUGGGGCUCAGCUUUCAAAUUAUGCAACAUUUCUCACUGAUCCCGAUAUGGCUCCCUUAAGCAUAGUCAUGACAGCAUUAUCAACUGCAACCGCAGUUUUUGUUACCCCAGCUUUGUCAUUAUUGCUUAUUGGCAAAAAAUUGCCUGUGGAUGUGAAAGGAAUGAUGUCCAGUAUCACGCAGAUUGUAAUUGCACCAAUUGUUGCUGGUCUGCUUUUGAAUAGGUUCCUUCCAAGGGUUUGCGCGGCUAUCCAGCCUUUUCUCCCUCCUCUUUCUGUGUUUGUCACUGCUCUUUGUGUUGGGUCACCAUUGGCAAUCAAUAUUGGAUCUAUCAUCUCCCCUUUUGGAGUUGCCAUAGUGCUUUUCAUUUUUGGAUUUCAUGCAGCUUCAUUUAUUGCUGGAUACGUUCUCACUGGUUUUGUUUUUAAUAAGUCAGCUGAUGUGAAAGCAUUGCAACGAACAAUUUCUUUUGAGACAGGAAUGCAAAGCAGCCUUCUGGCCCUUGCUCUUGCAAAUAAGUUUUUCCAAGAUCCCCUUGUGGGUGUGCCCCCGGCCAUUUCUGUUGUAUUAAUGUCCUUGAUGGGAUUUUCCUUGGUCAUGGCUUGGUCCAAGAAGCAACAGCAAAAAUGUUAAGGACUUAAGAUUAUUCACCUAGUUAGGAUCGCUCACAAAUACAGUUUCUUUGGAGUAAAACUCUGUUAUCUUUAGGACUUCAUUCACCAAAAAAUGUGGUGCUGCUAUGCUCCACAACCAUUCACGGCUCAAAGGUGCUCAGCCACAGUUAGAUCCCAGUAUGUUCAUAUAUCACACUUCUAACUAAGGGGGAUGGGAUUCUAAGGAAGGAGGUCCAAUUUCCCAAAUACAUUGCUAUGAUGAAAAGAACAGAUUUAGAACAAUUUAAAUUUUUGAAACCAA